CUUUCCGCUCCAUCCCUCCGCGGCCCUGAGCCCAGCCCAGCCUGAGGGCCUCCCCCGCCCGCGGCCACCCCGAGCCCAGCCUGAGGGACCCCCAACCCCGACUGCGGCCUCCCCGAGCCGCUUGCUGAGGUACUGCUGGAAUUGCAUUGUACCUUUUGCCUAAAUGUCUCUAGUGGAUUUGGGGAAGAAACUAUUAGAAGCUGCACGAGCAGGACAAGAUGAUGAGGUCCGUGUCUUAAUGUCUAAUGGUGCUCCUUUCACAACAGACUGGCUGGGAACAUCACCCCUUCACUUGGCAGCUCAGUUUGGUCACUAUUCUACAGCAGAGGUGCUGCUUCGAGCUGGAGUGAGUCGGGAUGCGAGGACCAAAGUGGACAGAACGCCUCUGCAUAUGGCAGCAUCGGAGGGCCAUACCAGCAUUGUUGAAGUGCUUGUUAAGAAUGGAGCUGACAUAAAUGCAAAGGAUAUGCUUAAGAUGACGGCCCUUCACUGGGCAGUGGAGCAUAGCCACCAAGACGUGGUUGAGCUCUUGAUAAAAUAUGGAGCUGAUGUUCACACACCAAGUAAAUUCUGCAAAACAGCCUUUGAUAUAGCAGUGGACAAUGAGGAUAAAGAAUUGAUUUUACUGCUUCAGAGAGCAAUGCAGAACCAGAAUAACACAAAUUCUGACAGCUGUGAUGCAAUCAUGGUUCAUGAUGCUACACCACAAUUCAUUAUUGGGCCUGGAGGAGUUGUCAAUCUAACUGGACUAGUUUCCACUGGAACAACAAAGGCAUCAGAGCCUCCGGUACAAUUUGGCAAUUCCUCUACAUCAGUAUUGGCUACGUUGGCUGCUUUGGCAGAGGCAUCAGCACCACUGACACAUGCAACUGAUGCACCAGUGAGGAGUUACAGAAGGGCUUGCUUUUCGUUUGCGAAUACCAGACUUUUGAUUGAUGAGGACAACUAUGUGCCAGCUAAUUCAGAAGUGAAUGGACCUUACUUUGAGACAGUUGCCUCAGAAGAAGUAGUGACAGCAGACUCAGUGGAUAGUGCAAUUCAACAAGUUGUCAGCAGUGGAGGUCAGCAGGUGAUUACCAUUGUUACUGAUGAUAUUCAACUGAGCAACUUACAGGCAGCCAGUGAUGGCUUGCAUCAACCAAUCAUCGUCACAAUGCAAGAUGGACAACAAGUUCUGACUGUUCCAGCUACUGACAUUGCUGAAGAGACCGUGGUUACUGAGGAACCAUUGAUGAAGAGGCAGUAUGUGGAGAUAAUUGAAAAUCAUGCAGACACCACAGAAAUUGAGAUACAGCCGAGCUUGGGCCCUGAAGCCUGCACUCUUCACACAGCAGAAUUUUCAGAGGAGAAACAAGUCUUACAGAAACAGCUGGAAGAAGCGAACCGUGAAGCGCAGAAAUACAGACGGCAGCUUUUGGAAAAAGAGCAGGAGGCAGAGGCCUACAGGCAGAAACUGGAAGCCUUUGGCCAUCUGACUUCAAAUUAGAAAGUUCUUUAAUGUGUCAAAUGGAAGUGGAAAGGCAGAAACGUCACAACAAACAAACAAUUCAACGGGUGUGAAACCUUUGGGAAGGAUGACAUUCUUCAAUCACUGUGACACAAACAACAAUCGAGUAAUAGAGAGCUGCAAGUCAGAACCCAGCUCAGAAAACUGUGUUUCUGUGAAAAUUGAAAUCCUGAUAGUAACCCAACUGCCCUCAAAGGAUGUAGCUAAAGAAGAGAUGGAGAUUAGAGAUUGAGGAGAUGUGAUUGAUCAGAUUGUGUUUCAAAUAUUUCAUCUCCAGUUCAAUCGUGUUGCAAGGCUAGCAAUCUGUAGCCUUCUAAAUGGUCAAUCUUAACCAUGUUGUUGUAAAUAUAGUUGGAGGUUCUGGUUGUUGUGAGGUUAUAUUUGAAUGGACUCUAAUCCGAUUCAGUAACUAACAGAUAAAUGAGAUUCUGGAACUUGAAUUAAUUUUAUAAGCAGAUAAACACCUUCUGCACAUAUUGUUCCAACUCCAAUUCAGAGCUGUGAUACUGAGCUGCCAGUCUUCAGAUGAAGCUUUUUCCUACUGUGUUUUGCCCUGGCUCUGUCUAUGAUGGGAUUUGAGCUUUCAAAAUAACAAUGUAACUGUAGAGAACAAACCAAAGACUUUUCAUGUUACUGAAAUUAUUCUAAAAAAUCAGUUUCACAAGCUCAGAAAUGACUUCAUCAUGGUAAUUCUUGAAUUGUUGAAGGGGAGAUUUAGCUGCAGCAACUUUUGAGAAGAGAGGCCAUCACAAAGUUGGUUUGCCUUUCAUUAAAUUGAAUCAAACAACAUUUGUCAUAUUUAAGCAAAAACAACAGGCAGUAGAAAGUACAUCAGUGUUUGUAAUUCUUGUAUCUGAUAGCGAGUUUUGAGAAGAUUUGUAGCUCAGGUUCAGGUUCUGGAUGUGAGUUUUGUCCAGCUCGGUGAGCAAACUCACAUCUUGUAUCUGAUGUUUAUAAUUGAAUUAUCCCUCACUCUGACCAACCAGUCAGUUAACCAGGUAACAGGAAACAUCUCAAUGUCGAACUAUGCGAGACUGGGAAUUUCCUGGGAUGAAAUUACUUAAUGAAGAAAUCAUACCCACCAUUUAAAUUCUCAGGAUCAUGGUAUGUUGAAACAAUGCUAUGUUCAUGCUAUGAAUAUAGAUUAUAUUGUUUACAUUUAUAAUAAUGCCAAACCUGACCAAUAGUAACCCCCAACAUUCUCACAUUGACACAUCAUCUUCAUACCAAGGAUAUAUUUCAACCCAGAAUUUCAGUAUGUUACAACAGCUUUUUUAAUUAUAGUCAGAAUUUUAUAAAGUAUUGAUUUGUACUGAAAGUAAGAAGUUGUUCAUCUUACAAAUAUUAACUUUCAUUGCUCAGAAUAAGGGUCAAUAAAGUUGAAAUAUAAAGUGGAGAGGGUCAAAUUGUGAAAAAUGACUCCUCCUUUGUCUGUGUUUGUACAAGAUUAGAACAUUUUCAAUGAGAACGCAACAAAUGUUCUGUUUCAAUAUAAUCCAACAAUAACCAAUAAUUCUUUGUGUCAGAAAGUGAAUUUGCUGCAAAAACAGAAGUUGCUGGAAAAGCUUAGCAGGUCUGGCAUCUAUGAAGAAAAAAUCAGAGUUAACAUUUUGGGUCUGGUGACCCUUCCUCAGUGAAUUCGCUGUGCUGGCUGCAGUAACGGCUGCAGGUGACUGCAGGAUUCGGCGUUGUACGGCUGCUGGUGACUGAGGGACUCUGCUGCACAGCUGUUGGAAGAGCAUGCACACGUAUUUUCUUAAUUUAUUCUACUGUAACUUCCAAAUGUAAACAUAUUCUGCACUCAUAAUUGGUUAUUUCAUUUCAUUGAUCUCCAGACAUCAUUCAUUCUUUUGUUGCCUGUCCUGAUGCCAGUUGUCUCUUAGCUUCAUAUUCCAAUGAUUUCAUUUACCAUUUUGCUGGGACUUUUUCAUUCAAGAUUAUCACAAUGAUCAUUAGUUUAUUAGCAGGACUGAUAGUGCUGACGUAUUGUUUAUGUUAAACAUUGCUAUUUGUUGAGUAUGAAAGAGAGAGCCUAAGCUCUAACAGCUCAUUUCCACCAUUUAUCAGUGUCAAUCCAAAUGCAAUUAAUUUUUAAAAGCUGCAGUAAAUUCAGAGUUUAACCUUUAUAGUUUUUUCCAUUAAGGCU